GCUUGUAGCCAUUCACUAGCUCGCUGAGGCAGAGACCACAUCUAACGGCGAGAGAGGAGAACACAGUGUUUCCGUCUACGAGCACAAACACAACCGAGGAAAUAAAACAGCAAGCCGACUACGCUUCUCAUCUGUAAUUCACAUUCGACUGGAUAUUUAAAUCGAUUUUGUGAGAAGCAGAGAGCGAGACGAGAGGUUAUAUAACCGGACGAGAGCGUCAGCGACUGUAGCUCACUCACUGGCUAGUGUCAUUGAUAAAUGCACAGACAUCCUGAGCGCAGCUGCAUGAAUGGUGUGGAAGUAGAGCGAGUCUGCGCUUGACCAUCGCGAGGAUUUUCAUAGUUUUUAAUCGAUCCCAAAUACGUCUUUCAAACGUUUCGACACAUUUGAAGAGACUCGUACUGUUCAUCUUUGGUGCUCCGGGCCUGAGACGUGCACACGGCCUCUCUUUCUCCGCAUUUUCGGUCUUACGGUACGGUACCGCCGUUUUACUAAUGCUCGAUAAGUUCAAACCCGUGCAGUUUGAUUCGGUCAUGGCUAUAAGCAAGACGGUAGAGUGGCUGAAGGAGCAGCUGGAGACGCGCAAGGACUGUUUGGUGGUUAUGGACUGUCGAGCGCAAGGGCUGUAUGAAUCAUCGCACGUUGAAACGGCCAUUAACGUGGCCAUCCCGAGCCUCAUGCUCCGGCGACUGAAGAAGGGCAACCUGCCCGUCAAGUCUUUGCUCGCUAACGGGGAAGACAGAGAGAUGUUCGUGCGGAGGUGCAAGACGGAUACGAUCGUGUUGUAUGACGAGUACAGCCGAGGGUGGAAUGAAAACAUCGACGGCGGGUCCGUGUUGGGUUUACUGCUGAGGAGGAUGAAGGACGAGGGCUACAAGGCUUUCUACCUUGAAGGUGGUUUCAGCAAAUUCCAGGCCGAGUAUCCCAUACUUUGCGAGACGAACCUCGACGGCUCCUCCAGCAGCAGCUCCUCACCGACCUCCCAGGUCCUCGGGCUCGGAGGGCUGCGGAUCAGCUCCGACUCUUCCGACAUCGAGUCGGACAUCGACCGAGAUCCGAGCAGCGCGACGGAUUCGGACGGGAGCCCUCUGUCCAACCCGCAGCCCUCCUUUCCCGUGGAGAUCCUGCCGCAUUUGUAUCUGGGUUGCGCGAAGGACUCCACGAACCUGGAUAUUCUGGAGGAGUUUGGCAUCAAGUACAUCUUGAACGUGACUCCCAAUCUUCCCAACAUGUUCGAGAACGCCGGGGAGUUUAAGUACAAACAGAUUCCCAUCUCGGAUCACUGGAGCCAGAAUCUCUCUCAGUUUUUUCCAGAAGCCAUCAGCUUUAUUGACGAAGCCCGCGGACAAAAGUGCGGCGUCCUCGUUCACUGCCUCGCAGGUAUCAGCCGUUCCGUAACCGUGACGGUUGCCUACCUCAUGCAGAAGCUCAACCUGUCCAUGAACGACGCGUACGACAUCGUCAAGAUGAAGAAGUCCAACAUCUCCCCCAAUUUCAACUUCAUGGGCCAGCUCCUGGACUUCGAACGUACGCUGGGCCUCAAAAGCCCGUGCGACAAUCGCGUGCCGGCUCCGUCCCAGCCCUUGUACUUCACCACGCCGACCAACCACAACGUCUUUCAGUUGGACCCGCUCGAGUCCACGUGAGGUCCGGCCGCGACAGCCCCCUUUUGAAUCUUGAAACCUGCGUUUCGAUUUUUUCAACGCCUGUCAAGAUGUUAUUGAUAGAGUUGGCUUGAGACGACAGCCGACCAGAGAAGCCACUGAUGGGGCUUGUGGUGUGCCCAGAGUUUAUUGCGCUGCUGUUGGAGACAGAACAGACUUGAGACUGUACAUCUCCAAGACUAUAAAGUAGUUUUUGUUUUAUAUAUAUAUAUAUAUAUAUAUAUAUAUCUCUCGAUAUAUACACGUUCAAGCAUGGGAAAGACUAUUGACUUUGGAAAGAUUUGGGUCAUCCAAUAUGUUAUGACUGGGGCUGGCGUGCCAAAGAGACUGGAACUGAACAACAACAAAUACUUUGUUUUUGUUUAGCACUUGCAGCUUCAAUCUGUACGGGUGUGAUAUUCUUGUCUUCAAUGAAGACUUGCCUGUUUUGGGACGAGACUCCCUCGGUAAUGAUGGCAGUGUGUACUGUACUCCAACUUAUUUGCGUGGAGAAAUUUUUGACAUGUAUACAUGUGUAUAUUCAAGAUGUUGGUAAGCCUUGCCAUUAGAAUACACCUGUUUCAAAGGAACGGCUGUAGAUUUUCUUCUUUUUUUUGUCGUCCUUAUGUAAACAAUGUAUGGAUAUCGAUCAAUAUUACGUUGAGUUAAAAUGCCAAAAAUUUAACAGGUUUUGCUAGAUUAAUGUGUAAAUGUAUAAUAUAUUUCCUAUUGUUUCGCUUUACGGAUAAAUGUAGCUUUUCUCAGCCUUUUAACCACCAACACAAAUCAAAGUCAUCAUUUUAUCUUGCCUUAGUUCUGUACAUAUGAGUGUUUUGUGCAGUAACCUGACCAAUCCCCCAAGUUUCUCACCAGCUGUCAGUACUAUAUGAACGUUCAGCGGGGUUUUCCAAAUUCAUAUUUCUAUGUGUACAGGCAUUUCUCAAAUGCUACCUGGUGGGGUUUCUGACGCAUGCUCACAUAGGGCCCAUUCGCCUUUAUACUACUUGUAAUUUUUUUUUCGGGACGUCGAAUGGUCAAGGCAAGUAAUGCUGAUUUUUUUUGUGUGAGGAUUUGGGGUCUCUGUUGACAAAGCUAGGAGGCAUUUUUUGCCUCUCCUCUUCAGGGAAGUUCAGUGACAUGCAAUUUUUUCUGAGAGAAGCGACUGAAAUGGUUUUAAAGGGGUUUUGAUGUCCCUCAAAGCGAAGGCCUGUUUGGGGGGAGGAGCUGUUUUACAUAACCCCUCCCCCUAAUAUUACGAAUGUAAAGAGAUAAGUUAUUAAUAAAUUGCUAUUUUGUCUAUUCAAAUCUA